AUGGCAAAUAAUUAUGUUGGGGAUAGGCUCUCAUUUGAUGGUGAGCUUUGUACUGUCAGGUUUUUAGGGCCAAUUCCACAAUGGGGCUCACAAGUCAUUGCUAUUGGAGUUGAGUGGGAUGAUCCUACAAGGGGAAAGAAUAAUGGUAGCCUCAAUGGAGUUCAAUAUUUUCAUUGUCGAGUAAACGGAUCUGGUUCAUUUUUGAAAAGUACUCGAAAGCCAGAUCCAGGUAUGGGAUUCUACGAGGCCGUACAAGAAAGGUAUCUUUAUUCAGAUGAAAUUGAGUGUGAACCAAUAAUGGUUGGCCGUUCUAAAAAGGUUGAAACGUUAGGAAUUGACAAAUUAUCCCGUUACCAUGCCCAUAUAUCGAGUCUGGAAAUGAUAUCUUUAUCCAGGAACCGUAUAUUUCGCCAAGGGGAAAUGGGCAGUGUUAGGCUAGACUCGCUUAAAAGAUUAGAUUUAAGCUUCAAUCUAUUUUCGUCUCUGCAUGAUAUUAUGAAAAUAAUAAAGCCAUUAACCGGGCUCUCAAGCCUUAUACUAAACGGCAAUAGAUUUAAUGAUAAUUGCGACAGUUCGGAAAAUGCUCUAUACCCGAUCCCUCAUAUUACAGAGCUUUCUUUAGCCUCGACUCUUCUUAGCCCAUCUCAGAUAGAAUUGUUUCUGAGUUCUGUUUUUACAUCUGUUAAAACAUUAAAUCUCUCCGGUAAUCUCCUUGAAAGUAUUCCUUCUGGUCUGUUAUCUGAUCAAGGAAUUGCUCCAUUUCUUCAAAAAUUGGAUUUGUCCUGGAAUUAUAUCUCUGAUUUAACAGGGGAGAAUGAGUCUAUCACUAGCAGAUCAAGAUUGAUAGAAUUAGAUCUAUCUCACAAUCGUAUCACAGAAGUCCGAGCAGAUCCCCUAGAGAGCUGUGAAGUGCUUGACCUGAGAUCCAACCUCAUUAGCGAUUGGGCCAGUGUCGAUGCUGUCGGUCGAAUCAAAGACCUCAGAUCACUGCGCAUUAACAAUAACCCAAUAAUUAAUCCCACGAAGUCAGAAUUGGGGAUAGGCGCUGAUAAUAAGAAAGAAGCACAAGAAAGAGAAGGAAACGUAGAAGAAGAGGAUAAUCGUUUGUUUGUUAUUGCUAGGUGUCCUACUAUAGAGAAGCUUAAUGGCUCUUUUAUCAUUGACAGGGAAAGAACCGAUGCAGAACUAUAUUUCAUGUCCAAAGUUGCCUCCAAUAAAUACGAUCUGGGAAUCAGAAGCUCAAAUAAUUGGAAGAGAUUGGUAGCUAAGCAUGGAGAGCCAACUGUUUCUGUGACACCAGCAAAAGAGAAUAUAAAAAAUCGUCUGCUGAGUUUGGAGGUAAUUUACAAGUCGAGAAAAGAGAAACUGAUGGUUUUAGGGACCUCAUCCGUGCAGAAAUUACGACUAGCAGUAGCGAAAAAGUUUGGCCUAUCGCCGUUUGACAUUAUACUUUCACAGUCCGAUCAGAUUUUGGAUUCUGAUAUCGACUCAAUACCAAGAGCAUUGAUUUCUGACGAGCCGAUUAUUGUACAAAAUAUCGUAGAGGCUUAG